CCGGGUUGGGAAUAAUACUUUACGAUACCUGGCUAGUGGAAACAGGUUUUAUUUUGUACAAAACCUUGUGUACUUCAUAAGCGUUUCCACUGGCUUCAAGUCAAAUUCUUACCAAGAUGUUGACGUACGGUGUAUUUAUUUGCGACAGAAACGAAGAAGUUCCAUUGAAAAGUCAAUGCGUUCGAUCAUUUUUAAAAGGCCAAGUUGUUGGUUUUCGAUCAACAUUGACGUAUGUCAAUCAUACAGAAAAUCCUCUCGAAGUGUUUUUCGCGCCUGUGGACGAUUCCUUUGCUGUAGUAGGUUUGGAGGCUUGCAUUGAUGGCAAAAUCCGUGCAGAAAUACAAGAAAAGGAGAAAGCUCGAGAGAAGUACAAAGAAGCAGUAUCGAGUGGACGAACAGCAGCUUUUGGAGAGGAGAAACAAGGAGAUAUAUUUAGUUUGGUUUUAGGCAAUCUUCCCCCGAAAGAAAUGGCUGUUUUGGAAUUAACCAUGGUUGGUGAACUGAAUGUUGAAGCUGGUGGUGCUGUGAGAUUUGUUUUACCUAAAGUGCUCAAACCUCGUUACACACCGACAGGAAGCAAUAACCCUCUGGCACCCGAAGUAUCUUCUGAUAGUGGGGCAACUGCAAAACAAGGGACUGGACCCGAUUCUUACCAGUUCAGCCUUGAAAUAGAUGAUGCACCAAACAUUGAUAAGGUGACAUCACCAUCACACAAGAUUUUUGCUGACAAUGACGGCGAAAAGAUCAAAGUGACUUUAACGGAAGUAAAACAAACUGAUAUUGUCAUUUUAGUGCAACCAAAACAGAUAAACAAGCCAUUAAUUAUUGUUGAACCAGGUUUAUCAAAUGGUGAAAAUAAUUUUCAAAAAUCUUCAGCAAUCAUGGUGAGCUUCAUCCCAGAAUUUAAGGGUGAAAGUAAUUGUCUUCAAGCAGCUUGUGAAUUUGUGUUUGUAAUUGAUCGAAGUGGUAGUAUGGCUGGAUCCUACAUCAAAGAUGCAGCUGAAACACUUCUACUCUUUCUUAAAAGUAUUCCUGAAGGAUGUUAUUUCAAUAUAAUAGGUUUUGGCAGCACAUAUGUUCACCUAUUUCCAGAAAGUGUUCCAUACAAUCAAAAAAAUUUGGAAACAGCUGUAAAACAUGCAAAGAAUCUUCAAGCUGAUUUGGGUGGUACUGAGCUAUUUGAUCCACUUAAAGAAAUAUUUAGUCAUGCACCAAAGAAAGGUUUGCCAAGGCAGGUGUUUGUGCUAACUGAUGGAAGCAUAGGUAAUACUGACUCUGUCAUUCAACUUGUUAAGAAAAACUGCAACAAGUCCAGAUGUUUUUCUUUUGGCAUCGGCUCUGGUGCAUCAACAACUUUAGUGAAAGGCAUUGCACAAGCUGGCAAAGGUGCUGCUGAGUUCAUUGUAUCUGGAGAGAGGAUGCAACCUAAGGUGAUAAGAUCACUGAAGAAAGCCAUGCAACCUGCUGUGACAGAUGUUCAAAUUUCUGUCUCUGUUUCCAACAAUAUAACAGUAAAUGUAGUUCCAAGAAAGCUUCCACCUAUUUUUAUUGGUGAAUGUCUCAUUGUAUAUGCAAUUCUUCAUGACAAGUCACCAUCCUCAUCACCUCAAGAAGGAAAAAUACUCCUUACUGGUGAUUUACUUGGAGCUAAAGUAGAGCAUAAGAUGAAGUUUCCAAUCAAACCAGCAGUGAAAAAAGAGACUGCUUCCCAAGUGUCAACUAUUCACCACCUUGCAGCCAAGAAGUUGAUAAAAGAAUUGGAGUUGGAUGGUGGGAAAAAGGCAGAGAUAAUCCAGCUAAGUUGUGACUCCAAUGUUAUAUCAUCACAAACUGCAUUUAUUGCCAUUGAUCAAGAUAGAAAACAAGCAGUUAAAGGAAGUUUGCACAGUUGGGAUUUAAUGCCUCGACAGGAGGAAGAGUUCUUGUUGAUGACUCCAUUGGCUUGUGGCUUUGUAGAAAAAAGUGCCAGAAGUGAUAGAUAUUCAAGUGACAUUUACUUUAGAUCAGCUCAUAUGUAUUCUAGACCAGCUACUAUGGGUCAAAGAGUAUCUCCAGAACGAACACUCACUUAUAGCCGUGAAAGUGCAACUGUAGGCCGAAGUUUAGAAAGUGACAGAAAUUAUCGAUUAGCUACUCGGUGUCAAAGUUUAUCAAAUGACUACCGAAGAAAUGAGGUUUAUGGAGGUGAUACAGAAAGGUGUGCAACUACAGACGAAAUUUUAGAAGACACCAAGUUUGGAGGUUAUAUUCCACCUCCUCCAAUACCAACAUUCACUAAAAUGUGUAAAAGUGCAGAUGAAACCCUAAGUUUAGAAGGGGCCAACAGUUUUUUUGGAGGUUUUGAUGAUAAUGGUUUAGAACAUCAAAGUUUAGGGAAUGUCAAACAUGACAGAGAUUCAAGUAAUCCACUUUCACAGAUAAUCAAUCUUCAGCUAGCAAAUGGUGCCUGGAAUAUGGAGUCAGCAAUAGCAAAGAUGGUUGGUAAAUCAUUUAAGGAUUUAGAAGAUGCCUGUCCAGUGUCAUGCAAUGGAAAUAUGAUGACAAUAUGGGCAACAUGUAUUGUUUUGGCAUACCUGGACCUUCACUUAUCCACUGUUAAAGAUGAAUGGGAGUUGGUUGGUAUGAAAGCAAAAUCUUGGCUUAUGAUGCAAGUUCUACCACAAGGAUGUUCCUAUGAAGAUUUGCAUGAAAAAGCAAUCCAAUUUCUCAAGUCUCAGCCUCCCGCGAUCUACGUGAAUGCGAAAACUACUAUUAAAAAUAAAACAUGCCGAAAUUCAAAACGCGCUUCUUGCAAAGUGUUGUAAAUCUUUCUACCGGCAUAUCACUCCUAAUUUUCUUUAUUUUGCAUAUAUUUUACGUGAUAUUUGAAAUAAACUCGUAUUAAAUCUCUUAUGUAACUUA